ACAAAAUCUACCAAGCGUAAUCACUUUAUCAUCUAGUCAUGGGCAAGGCAUCUAUUCCCUACCUCUUUGAGGACUCCAUCUCCUACAAACCUACCCGGGAAUGGGCCGACCUGCUCAGACUCAAUAAGCAGAAGUAUGCUAACUGCAACGUUGUCUCCUUCACCCGUGUAAAGGACUUGAACUCGGACUGGAAACAUGAGUAUCUGCAGUUUAUUGUUGAAGACUCUGUUACCAAAGAUCGUGCGAGGGUCUACGCAGAACGUGGCAAUGAGACCCAACUUGACUGGGUCACUAUUGGCCCUGCAGACACAAAGCUGUCCGGUAACCGAGACAAGUCGGAUAUGCCUUUACCUUUGACCUCCUUGCGCUUUGGGGGAAAGUCCGACGAGGUAGAGAAACGACCAACUGUGCUUGAUAUUGCCGAAAUCUUAGCUGCAACAACUCUUGUUGGAGGUGCUUACGAGUUCUAUGGCCAUAGUUGCUUCUGGUAUGCAUUCACAGCUUAUGAUGCUAUCAAACGUCAGUUUGGUAAGUGGGCUACCGAGAAGAAAUGGAGAUGGGGCGAUAUCGGUGGUGCUGGAAACGCUGGGAUCAAGGAUGCCAUCGGCCUGGGAUGGUCGACACUGUUCAAAUUUUACUACGUGGGCCACGCCAAGAAGUUCAAGGAGGAGAGGGAGACUGGCUUAAACUGGUACGGAGAUCGUCGCCCUAUUGUCGACAACCUGGAUGUUGUGGAUCAAGUCAAGUCCUUCUUCGAGAGCUCUGAGAACCAGCAAGCCUUCAUACAGGCAAUGAAGGACGAGAACUUUGACUUCAGUGAACUCGAUAUAAAUGAUCGUGUUCGGUCAAGCCGAGCGCUCGCCGAGAAGAGCAUCGAUGAUGAGAAGAACUGGACCCAGGAAUUCAACAAACUCCAAUCUACUUUGGUGGAGCGUACCUCAGAGGACACCGAAGGUCAAAAGUAUGCUGACCUUUAUAAGACCUUUGAGGUUCCCGUUGAGAUGAAUGAGGUGAUGGCAGAAGGUGCUGGGGACUUUGAGACGAAGAAGGCGCUGGAAAUCGUCGUGGGACGAAUCCUCACUGAGGCACAGAAGAAUUGAUAUGGCUAUCUGAAAGCGCCGUCAUGAGCACUCUGAAAUUAGAUACUCAAGCUCAGGGGGAUAAUAACUCCUGGCUUAAAUCUAAUGUUUUAGAAGUAUAUAUGGUUCCAGUCACAAAGCUAAAGGUGAUUUAGAGCCCGUGGUACUUUGCCACUAAAC